AUUUUGUGUUUUACAAUUUUGGAUAAACCUAUUACAUUUGUGCAAAAGUUGCUGAAUCAUUGCUUUUGGAAGUGUGUGAAGGGAACUGAACUAGAUUGUGAUUAACACAGUCCGACUGAGCUAAAACUAAUGAGAUUUAAAACAAGAAUCUAAAACACCAUGGCAACAGAGUACGUGUGGUCACCUGAAGCACAAGAUGACAUGCCUGACAGCAGCAAUCAGCUAUGCAAGCACUUAGAUGAUUUUUCAAACCUUUCAGAGCAGCUAAUAAAAACCUGUGAAAUAAAUGAAGAAACUGAAAAAGAGAAACUUGGAGAUGAGACAAAGGAGAUUGUGCAGAAAAAACCACGAAGAAAGGACACCCCCGUGCAGUAUAUCUCCCCUCUUAUUCCAGGUGUAAAAUUAAUGAAAGAGGAGAAACAGCCAGUGCUUGCAGAAGAUGAUGAAAAGGAUGCAGAAAAAUUAACUACUUAAUAAUUUCGCAACAGAAGUGUUGAUUUCUUUUGAACAUCUGCAAGUGUGUGUGUUUAUUCUUCAGCUUUAUUAAACAUGUACUCAUGUCAACUGUACCAUUAACUAAGACAGUAUUUUGCUAAAUUCCUUCAGAAAGUGAGUUAACACUGGUACAGUUAGCCUAAGAUUUCUGUUAGAUCAUUGUAAAUGCUAAUCAUUAGAUUAAAAAAGACACUGAAAAGUC